AUGACUUUCCUUCUAAGCCCCCCCCCAACAAGCGCUCGUGGUGCUGGCGCCGCUCCAGCUUCGCCAGGUUCCGGGGUCGCGCGGACGGGAGCUGACAGGGAUCAAUUCAAGUCAUGCAGGGUCGUGGCUGGGGCGCCAGCCUCCACCAUCCGCACCGGCGCCCGGCAGCUACAAGAUGCGGCGGCCAAGCAGGAAGUUGAGGAGAAGGCGGCCGCCCCGGCUCCGAGCCGCAGCAGUUUCAGCAUUUACCCUCCAGUUCCGGGACAGGAGAGCCCUCUGAGGUGGGCAGGAAAGAAAUUCGAGGAGAUCCCGAUCGCACACAUUAAAGCAUCCUACAACAACACGCAGAUCCAGGUGGUCUCUGCCGCCCACCAGCCCCUCGCCCGCGCGUCCUGUGGCACCGAGGGAUUCCGGAAUGCCAAGAAGGGCACUGGCAUCGCCGCACAAACAGCAGGCAUAGCUGCAGCCGCGAAAGCUGCCGGGAAGGGCGUGACCCACAUCCGGGUGGUCGUGAAAGGCCUGGGGCCAGGGCGCUUGUCUGCCAUCAAGGGACUGACCAUGGGGGGCCUGGAAGUGAUCUCAAUCACAGACAACACCCCCAUCCCGCACAACGGCUGCCGCCCCAGGAAGGCUCGGAGGCUGUGACGGAAAGGAAGCCUGCCCCUGAACGUGACCUCAAGUCCCGCCUCCAGCUGGACCUCAUAGAAAGCACACUGUCAGAGCUCUCUCCAGAGGAGGGCUUGCCGGAGACCCUCAGGGAGUAAGACAGAGCUUUGCCCCCUUAUGUGGUCUUCUCACUUGUUCCUUCGACUGGAGACCGGUACCCAGAAGUGACUCAAGAGGAGCC